AUGGCGCCUGCAGACACGCCAGGCAAGAAGAAACGCGACAACAACUACUUCAAUGUCGGCGUUCAAGGCAGGAAAACCGGUAUCACGUUGAAGGACACGGGCAUUCGCGAUGAACACGGCAUGGAACCCAUCGACGGCAUCUUCUCUUCGCCGGAGAAGUCCCCGCCAAAGCGGCCCGCGCCCAAGCCUGCAGACACAACGCUCACGUCUUCAGAUAUGGACGUUCAGCAAAGUUCUAUGCCCGAGCCUGCUGAUGCGCUCAGCGCGCGCAGAUCAAUCCGUCCCACCAAAACCUCAUACUUCCCGCCGCCUAUGGCUCGUUCGCCAAUCAAGACAAACAUUGGAUCGUCUCCUCGCAGACAGUCCUCCAUGGGCCCGCCCUCACAAAUGCGCCGGAGCGCACGCACGCCUGAUCGUGCAGCGUCACACCCAGUCGUUGCGCGGAAGUUGGAUUUUGGUGGAGACGAGCAAACAUCGGAGACAAUCCGCAGCAGUGGUAGCAGGAGCAGCAGGACCAGAGGGAAGGAGCGGGCUGAUAUUUACGACCUGCGGCCUUCGCCGGUGCCUGACCAGAAUCAGACUCACGAUGAGAGUAUCGUAGAAGAAGAGACCCAGGACUUUGACUUCCCAGUCAAUGGAGUGAAUGAUGACAGCCCGCUGCCAGGCGACGGUGGAGAUUCCCUUCAGAUCCUUCCGGACGUAGAGCAACCACUGGAAGGAACGCCGUUGGUUGAGAGACCUAAGACGAAGAGGGGAAGGCCCAAGAAAGACGCUGAAAGCGUGCAAAAAGAGAACGAAGAAGAACCGGCGAUUCCAACCUCCCCGCCUGCUUCGAAGAAGGGGAGAGGCAGGCCGAAGAAGGCUAACGGAUUGGUCUCUGCAAAGGCUUCUAACGCAGCGGCUUCAAAGGUCGCCCCAGGAAGGUCAGCCUCGAAACCAGCUACGAAUGGACAGGUCGACGAAGAAAGCGCAAUGGAUUUGGAUGUGCCGACUGAGGAACCUUCCUUCCAACAACAGGAUACCGAAAUGGAAGUGGAUCAAGAGGUAGCAACUGAACUGGAGCCCGAGCCUGAACCUCCGAAGAGGAAGCGUGGGCCGGGCAAGAAGAGCUCUAAACCCAUUGUGCAAGAAGACGAAUCUGAAGAGCCUACAGAGGACCAGGAGCCGCCAACUAAGAGAGCGAAGAAGAAACCAGCGCCUAAGAAGCCACCGCCGUCGCAGCGUGAUCCUAACGCUCGGAUUACGUCUUCGAGGAAGAAUGUUGGGAAAGAGAAGGAGAACGAGGAGCCUGAACUACAGCAAUCCCCUGCGAAGCGAGGAUCAAAGCCUCCUACUGCGCUACCGCGAAGCCUACAAGUUCUCCGAGAUGGCACGCCUUUCGAUGAUGCGGGUGUCAAGACGACUCGCUCGGGCCGUACAUCAGUCAAGCCCCUGAAUUUCUGGCAAAACGAGAAGAUUGAAUAUCUGCACGAUGGCACAAAGCAACAAAUCACGCGCGCCGAAGAGACUGAGGUACCAAAGCGUAAAAUGGAGAAGCGCCGGGGCAGAGGGCGCCCGCGUGUCAAGCCUGAAAAGAGCGAGAAUGCGGAAGAGGAGGAUCUGGAGCUGGAAGAGUGGGAAAAGUCACCUGGUGUCAUGGCUGGCUGGGUGAAUGGGUGGGACGAGACGGAGCAGGUGGUGAUCAAUGAAGGCGGCAUUCAAGAAGACCUAGCCUUCUCGGCCACUAGGAUCCAGACGCGGGAGGUCAAAAGCGGAAACUUCAGAUACGCCAAGAUCAUCGGGAUACCGUUCUUCGGCGCGGGCAUGGUGGAUAUCCCGGCGCACGGCUCGAAGCGGGCAAAGAACUCGCGCAGGAUGCACAUGGCAUUCUGUUUGCUUUCGGGCAAGGUGGAGGUGACGGUGGGCGACAACCUGUUCAGCAUCAGCAAGGGUGGUGUGUGGUUAGUGCCGCGAGGUGAGUUUCAGCCGCAUCCUUCCGUCCUUUUCCCCAGUUUUCCUGCAUCGUCACAAAGUUUCGACCUCUCUCUGUCUCUUUCGGAUUCGUUGCGCGUCAAGCAAGCUGCAUCGUGGCGGGACUGAGCAGGCGAGGCCGGAGAGAGUCGGUGUGCAAGAACACGUACGUGCGACCAGCGGUCGCUUUAUGCUUAUGCCUGGUCGCUGGCCGGCGCCGCGCAGCCGGGGCGAGCGGCAGCAUGGGCCUCGAAGGUUACACGGCUGCGGAACGACGCUAGCUAUGUGUUAGCAGUGCAGCGCUUAGCUGGCCGCCGCCUCCCACCACUGCCGACCGGGGCAUCCAAGCGACCUCGGCGUUGCACAGGCAGGCGCCACACUGAAGCGCGCAUGGCUUACGACGACCAUCGUCUGACAUCGACUGGCUUGACUGCCCCUGCCGCCACCAUGCUGCACCGCGGGAACACGGGCGUUCAUCUUCCCCAGCCGGGGUGAUACGACGCCUUGGAAACCGUCGCGCUGCGCAUACCAGGAUCCUGGUCGCUUCCCGCUGCCGCGUCCCGUCACCACGGUUGAGCCGUUACAAUCGUGCAGAUCUCA